AUGCAGCAUGGCCAACGUUACAUCGUUAUUAUAAUAAUCUCAAAUACCAACAGCUUCAACCCCAAUUACAUUAAUAAAAAACACGCAUCUGUGAUGCGCGUCGAUCUACGGAGGCUCCGUGCUCCAGCCUACAGCGGGCCUCGGUACGAACGCGCCACUAUCUUGCCGCAUUCCAGUGAGCCAGGCAGCGGCGCGCCCCGCGCGGGCCUUCAUGCCUCUGCCGACCCACGCGCCCUCGCUUGA